GACGCUCGCUCGCUCGGACUCUCCAGCGACCGGGAGGGACGAUGGAGCCGGGACCGGGGCCGGGACCCGGGCUCGGGCCCGACGCGGCGCCGCUGACGAGCCUGGUCUGGUCGUCGGCGUCAGCGCCGCCGCCGUCGGGAUUCAGCGCGAUCCCUUGCACCGUGGAGGGCGCCACCGCCGCCUUCAGCAAGAGCUUCGCGCAGAAAUCCAGCUACUUCCUGUGCCUCAGCACCCUGGGCAGCCUGGAGAACCCGCAGGAGAACGUGGUGAGCGACGUGCAGGUGCUGCUGGACAGGAGCCCCCUCCCGCCCGGCUUCGCCCCCGUCUGCGACCCCCUGGACUCCAAGGCCUCCGUGUCCAAGAAGAAGCGCUUGUGCGUGAAGCUAGUGCCGCUGGGCGGGGCGGACACGGUCGUGGUGGACGUCAGGCUCAGUGGCAAGACCAAGACGGUGCCCGGGUACCACCGCGCAGGGGACAUCGGCGGCUUUGCCAUCUGGUACAAGAAGGCCAAGGCUCCGCGGCCAGUGCCCAAGCCCCGCUCACUCAACAAGGAGAUGCGAGAUUUGUCCCUGGACACUCCGGGCUCGCCCAGUAAGACGGGAGGCCCCAUGCCCACCCUCAGCCGCCUGAAGUCUCGGGCCUCCAGCCUGCGUAGGAGCGACUCCAUCUACGAGGCCUCCAACCUCUACGGCAUCUCAGCCAUGGACGGGGUCCCCUUCACACUCCACCCCCGAUUUGAAGGCAGGACCUGCGGCUCCCUGGCCUUCUCUGCCUUCGGGAACGUCACCAUCAAGUCACUAGCGGACAUCGAGGAAGAGUAUAACUACGGCUUCGUGGUAGAGAAGACAGCUGCCGCUCGCCUGCCACCCAGUGUCAUGUAGUGGACAGGGGCCACAGCCUGGGCAGGACCACCCCAUGCUGGAGCCGGACCUGACACAAGCCCCGCCCCUGGAUGAGGCUCCGCCCAUGCUGGUUUCUUGCCCUGCCCCAGAGGAGGCCCCACCCCCUGGGCAAAGCUCCACUCCUGGUUGGUGUCUGGCACUCUCCUGACCUGUGCUAGCUCCACCCCUUG